AUGAGUAACGAAACCAAGACUCACCCUAGUGCUAAGGCACCCCAAAAGACUGUUCUUAACUUGGGCAACUUGCCUCCUAAGCUCAAGCCUUCUGAUAUGAAGCAGAGUGCGAGUCAAUACCCCCGAACUCCUUCUCGUGUCAACCCUAAUCAACCUCCCUGGCCUGCGUACCGAGGAUACCAUGAAUACUCUUUCGCUCACGCUACUAUGGGUGUUCGACUCCCUACCAUCUUGGGUAAAGCCAUUGAUGACGUAUGGAAGACCCUCAACCAAGAGUACGAUGAGGAGAGGAUUGUCGAUUUGGUCAAUUGUAUUCACCGAUUAGAAGAUUUGAUGGGUGACUUGCAAGGAAACAGUAAACUUAGACCUAUCAUUGAUGAUGGUGCUGGUGAUGUUGCUCUCUGGAAUAAGGAAAUUGCCAAAUUCUUCAGAGGAAAAGACUUCAUGAAUGCCCCAUGGCUCUUUGCUGAAGCUUACAAGUACCGAAGAUUGAGAGAAUGUUUCUCCCUUUCCAAGUACUGGGUUGACUACGAUGUCUUCUUCAGGCAAAAGUGUGACACCUUCUCUCGAUCCAACCAAGCGGUCUUUGAGCUUUCUCAAAGAUUUGCUGAACCUCACAAACAUGAAGGAAACAUCUCUGCUGAAGCUCGACUAGAGAAGAACAAGCUCUUGUUCCUCGAAUUGACUCAAGUCUGUUUAUGGGGUAACUCAACCGACUUGUCAUUACUUAUCGAUAUGACCGAAGAAGACAUCAAGAAACUCCAAUCGACCGGUGGAGACCACUUGGCCGCUACCGAGAAAAACAUCUUAGGAAACGACUUGCAUAAAUUGGCAGACUACGUCAUGACCAUCAAGAACGGUCGAAUCGACUUUGUUCUCGAUAACGCCGGUUUCGAACUGUACUGUGAUUUGGUCUAUGCCGAUUGGUUGAUCCAAUCUGGAACUUGCUCUCAAGUCAUCUUCCACGGAAAGAAGAUCCCUUGGUUCGUCUCUGAUGUGACUAAGAAGGAUUGGGAUUGGAUCCUUAACUCUUGUGUCUACGGACAACUCUUCCAAGAUGCUUCUGACGCCGAAGUCGAAUCGCUCAGAACCUUGGGUCACAGGUGGAAGCAAUACGAGAAAGAGGGUAAAUGGAAAUACGAGGCCCACCCCUUCUGGUGUACCGGAUACACAUUCUGGGAUCUCCACUCCGAAGCCCCUGAUCUCUUCCAACACCUCUCUGAAUCUGAUCUCGUCAUCUUCAAGGGUGAUUUGAACCACCGAAAACUCACUUACGAUUGUCACGCUCCUCUGGACACACCAUUCAACCAAGCUAUCGGACCUCUAGCUUCCGAAGCCGGUGCUCCACCUGUUGCGUCGUUGAGAACGAUCAAAUCAGAUGUGGUUGUCGGUAUUCCAUCAGGUGUCGGUGAGAAGCUCGACGACGAAGAACCCGGAUGGAAGAUUUCCGGUAAAUAUGCUGUCGUAUUGCUCUCUCAAGGUAGAAAGGGUGAGACUCCCGUUUACAACAAUUAA